AUGGCGGAUGCAGAUCAAAUUCCAUUAGAAGGAGAGGAAGAAGAAGAAGAAGAGACACCUGAACCGAUACCAGAAGAGGUGGAAGAGGAACAUGUUGAAGAGGAAUCAAUCCUCACAGAAUACGACCCUGACGAUUAUGUGUCUGGCGCCUCCUAUAGGAAAGAUCCAAACUACCGCAUAGCAAUCGCUGAAGGAAGAGAAGGCGAUCGCGACCCCGUAAUAUUACUUUACACUUGGCCUCAAAUGGAAAUGGAUGCAGUACUCCGAGAUGGCACAAGUAACGCGUACUCUAUUCUUGAUUUCAGCCCGGACGGCGAACUUCUCGCAUCUGUUGGCAAAGAACCUGACUACAAUCUUACCAUAUGGAACUGGAAACGUCAUAAAAUUUUGCUACGCACCAGUGCCUUUACGUUUGAUGUUAAUAGCGUGAUGUUUUCACCCUACUGUCCUGGUCAACUCACUACAGCAGGUGCAGCUCAUAUAAAAUUUUGGAAAAUGGCGGAAACAUUUACUGGUCUAAAAUUAAAAGGAGAACUUGGAAGAUUCGGUAAAACAGAAAUCUGCGACGUUCUCGGAGUCUAUCCGAUGCCUGAUGAAAAGAUCCAGUUCAUGCUAAGUCCUGCUGGGGAUGAAGUAACAACAAUAGCACGUGAUGGUUGCAUCCGUGCAUGGUACUGGGACACUGUUGAACAAGCCGAUCCACCUGAAGAGGAUCCAUAUGUAGAACUUAACCCUGUAGCUGAAACUUGUGUACCGGACUGCCAAAUUAUGUGUCUCAAACAUCGGAAGGAUUUGUAUUGGUAUGCGCAGGAUGGCAAUGGCGGUGUAUGGAAUAUAGAACUAGAUAUUGACAAAAUAGAAUGUGACCAUAGAAAGUUUUUUACGUGCCACGCUGGUGGUGUUGUGGCUAUGGCUGCAUUACGCAACCAUCCAAUCUUAGUGACUGCAGGAGAAGAUGGUGCUUUACUUGCUUACAAUACUCAAAAUCACGUGCUGCUGUCACGUCAUCAAUUUCCAACAAAAAUCACGUGUCUCUUAUACCCUCCUGCAGACGUAGAUGAAACUAGUCGUAUUCUAAUGUUGGGUUUUGAGGAUGGCAUCAUGCGAACUCUCCUACUUCACCCAGAACGACUACAGACAUUGACUCAAAUGAUCGACGUGCGUAUACAUUCGUGUCUAACUAUACAUAGCGACGAUUCUGAAAAUUCGGAUGUUGUUGACAUGAUAUCGCUAUUAAAACCUCACUCUAAAGCCAUAGUUCAAAUUACAAUUAAUGAACAGCGUACUCUAUUGGUAACAUGUGGUCAAGACAGUACAAUUUUUAUGUACUCGUUAGAAAAAAAGACGCCGUUCGUGCUACACCGACUCGGAUUCAUCGAAACUCCAAACAACAUAGCUUACAUGACUUGGAAACCACAGGAGGAACGCGUGCUAUUACUGUGUGGACAAGUUGGAUUACUGAUGGAGGUUGUAUUACCAGAAGUACCAAUUCGAAAAUAUACAGAAAUAACAACUUUCAAACUUGAUUUUGUAUCGUACAAAGAAACUUUAGUUAAGAAAAACUUUAUGCGUCACCGACCUUUUCCGACUGAAGAGGAUCUAGCUAGUAUUGAUGAGGAAGCACUAAAAGCUAAAGAUGAAGCUGAAAAAGAAAAGAAAGAUGAUGAGGAGGAAGAAGAAUGGUUAGGGGAAAUCCAACUCAUGGAGAGUGAAAGCAUGCUUGGAACAACAUUGACUUGGGCUCAUUAUUGUGAUGAAGGCGUCUGGGUUGUUCAAAGAGGAACAGGAGCUCUUUUACUUGUUAAACCUGGAGGUAAUAAAAUCCUUAAAUAUGGCCCUAUACCCGGAGCAUGGUGUGAUGAUUUAACUGCAUUGAGGUUUAUAUGUGAUAACCGUUAUCUCAUAAUAGCAACAAACACUGGCUACAUACGUGUAGUGCGGAUGCCAUCUGAAGAAGAGGAUACUCCAGAACAACAUUACAUGACUUGGAUGUUAGCGCAGCAGAAACUACUGAAAAAACUACAAGGUCGACGAUUGGCCAAGGAAGAGAAAGUGGAUAAAGUUAAGGAGUUUAGCACUCUAGAAGGAGAAUUAAUGUCACACGAACAGCUAAAGCAAAAAGAAGAAUACGAUAAAAUGAUGGCAAUCGCAAACGCUCAUAAGAAACGCGUGCGCGAUCAACUAGGAGAACUAACUGCUGAAUAUAAUAAGAUUAUCAAAUCAUUGGCGUACCUCAAACUUUCAAGCGCAGGUGUUGCAGGAUCCAUGGGCGACGGUAAUCACUUACCAUCAGGUGAUCCAAAUCGUAGCCUGCCAGUAUCCCAACAAAUCGACGUAACUUUAGAUCCCAGACCACUCGCAGUUCAAGAAGCUGAAUUAAACGAUGCCAAAGCUUUAACGAUAAGAAAACUAGCUCAUCAGCUUGAGGCUUCAGAUUUGGCAUAUCACAAAAUGUACUCUAGGAAUAUAAUACAAUUAGAUGUUUACCCAUUCACAUUAAAGGCUAUCAGAGACCCGGAGGUUAUGAUAAGACCACUAAGGCAGAAGAAUCUUUCCAAAGCUUUUUAUGAACAACUCGAAGAAGUCCACCAAAAAAUGGCAGAAGCGGCUUUACGAGGACGACGUGCAGAAUCUACAACUCGUCGAGUAGCUUUACGUAAAACCUCAUUUGGCCCACCUCGUGUUGCUUCUUUCCUCCUUGGUUUGCCACCUAAGCCUCCACAUCCGCUAAAGAAAGCAAUAAGGAAGUACCAUGAACGCCUAAACAGACACCAUCAACAAUUUAUUGAGUGGCAACAGCAUUUGGCUUUGAAACCAGAUCCCAACGCGAUGCCUCCUGGUGCUGCUGAAGCCCUAAAGGAAGCGGAAGCAACUAUCGGCAACCGACUGCUGAAAACGCAAGCUGAUUACGUAGCACCUCCUGGGCAUAACACGCAAUUACGCGUCUGUUUAGCUAGGAAAGAGAUACAUGACAACAAAAGAGCAUUUAAUAUAAAAGUAAUUGAACUACGUGACCACAAAGUACGGAUGGUAGAACAGAUGAAAAAAAUUGGCGAACGAUUGAACGAGAUUCGCUAUGAAAUACCACACAAACUGGCUAAGGCACCUCCGCCGAUACCGCAAAUUGAUGACGAUCUCGAAUUCCCAGAAAAAAAUCUUGAGGUGAAACCAGACAAAAUAUACAUACCGCAAAGAGGUCAAUCAACUAAAAAAGCACUAGAGUCCAGGAAAUCUUUACUUUAUCCCCAGCCGAGAGUAAGACAAGCAAAAGUGCCAAGAUUUGUUCCAUUAACAGAAACGCGUCCACUUGCCGCCACAUGGGAAAUUUUGAGACAAAGACAAGACCAAGAAUCAACGUCGAUGGAGAUAGAAAUACGCGAAAGACGUAUAGCAAGGCAUUUAUACGAACAAGACAUAUUACUAGGUGAUGCUGAAAUUGCAGUUCAAAAAUUCGAUUCGCGACUUAAACAAUUACAACGAGAACAAUCAUCGGAAGAAGAGUCAUCAUCUUCAUCUAGCGAAGAGGAGGAAGAAGGAAGCAUUGACAGUCGUGAUAUUGGGCCUAUACGCCAGGAUCCAAACAUAUGCCCUGAAGGCUGCGAUCCCGAAGUUUACAAUAAAACUUACGAACUAAGAAAUACGAGACAUCAUCAUGAACAACAAAUGCUUGAACAGGAUCAUCUGGUAGAUUUGUUGCGAAAAGAUAUUGAUGCUCAUAACAAAGUCAAGCGCAAGCUCUCUGUACAACUAGAACAAAGGAAAAACGAACUAAGGGAAUUUAUGAUGGAAAAACAAAGUUGUAUGAAUGACGUAACUCAAGUAGUAGUUCUACGAUAUGACCAAAUACGAGCAUCAGCGAUACGAGGAUGCACUGGUCCUGAAGGCCUGUCUAAAACAGUUGUAUUUCCCGAACGAAUGCUUGCUCGAUUGCGGCGACGUGUACUAGAGUUACAAGACGAAAUAAAACAGCAGAAACAGAGACAAAAAGUAAAUCGAACUCACUUAUUCCGAAUGAACAUCGACUUGCGUGCUAUGGAAGCCGAAGCGCAAGAAUUGCGUGCUAAGAUGCGUGAUGUGCUCACACGCAAACUAGGACGUCCACGUCGUGUGGAUCGUACACUUGAUGACUUGUUGCGGCAGAUGGCACGCCGGCACAAGUUCUCUACAACUCUAGGCACACUACCGCAAAUAAUGAUACAACUUCGCCAAUGGAGGGAACGUCAUAGUGAAUUAGAGAAGAAAUACCUAAAAACACUUACGCAUUACUCCGAUAGACUUCGUGUAGCUUCAGCAUUACAGAGCGAGGUGUUACCACAAAAGCCACAAAAAGAUCCAAUGGUCAGCGUUGGCGGAUAUGAGCCAGAACAGUAUCAACGCGAUGUGGUCCGCUUGCGAAUCGUACGAGCCCAACAAUUACAGCAAAUUAAGCAACUUCGCGAGGAAAUCCAGGCACUCCGUCUUAAACCGUUAUCUCAUCGGAGUCCACCGCCGGCCAUCUCUCCACCAGAAUCCUAUCGCUCAGAAAUACACCUAUUUAUGGUUCCACCUUCUACUAACAUCAGAAAAAAAUAUUUCCCCAUAACUCCAUUGGGAUCAUACGUCAAAUUGGUGUACGACGUCAAUAUACAGAAGCUACUAUUCGACUGUUUGGAUUCCAUGCGUGUAUCGCGAGAUGAAGCUGAUGAACUACUAAAAGAUCUUACUUCACAACUGCCAGAUGUCACUUCAGGAGCUAAAUCUCGCUAUGAGGUAGUCGACGCUUUGGUACGCAAGUGGCUUUUGCGACACGGCGGCGAUCCCAGCCAGUACAAGAGGCAGACACGCGCCUUUGAUUCUCUAGCCGCACUUGCCGAUCGCCUAAUCAGGCAACAUGUAGAAACAAUGGAAGGCCCUAUAGACGAAGAAACUGAAGAGACUAUGACUUCUCUCGUCAAUUCCCUGGUUGAUGAUGAACAUCCAGUCACUGUUGAAUCUAUCGAACGCAUUCAAGUCCCCGACAUCAUAAAUGACAUUAAAGAUUGCGGCGUCCAAGCACCCUCUGAAGAAUUGGAUCACAUAAUAAGACUCGCUAUAGACUGUCUGCGUGCGCAGCUCUUGGCUCCAGAAGAAACGAUCCGGAUAGAAGAGGAGACUCAACAAGCUAUGUCCAUCAAUAUGAUGUCUAUUACCUCGAGCCGUACCUCUGCAUCUCGAAACAUUCACCAUGGUCAGCACGCGACGCAUGUACCUGAUACGGAUGACCAUGUUGAAAAAAUUCAGGACGAUGAUGAUCAUGAUGAAGAUGUUGAAGAUGAGGAUGAGAAUGAGAACGAUGAUGUUGAUAAAGAUAAUGCUUAA